AUGGGAGCCAUCAACAUUCGCGACGUCGCGCAGUGGGCGAGCCUGCUGCGCGCAGAGCCCCGGCGGCCGGUCCUCGUCCAUCUCAACGGCGACACGACCUGGCUGCUGCAGCUUCCCUACCCGGCGGCAGCAGCAGCACAGGAACCGCAUCGCACCCAUUUCAACCUCCUCGUCGAUCCGUGGCUGCAGGGCCCCCAGAGCGACGUCGCGUCGUGGUUCAGCACCCAGUACCACGUCGUGGCGCCGGCGGUGCCCGAGCUCGGGGCGCUGCAGGAUGCGCUGCGCGAGCUCGAGCCGGCAGGCGCGGGAGACGGCAACGGGUCGCGGAUCGACGCCGUCGCGAUAUCCCACGAGUUUACGGACCACUGCCACAAGGCCACGCUGAAGCAGCUUCCCCGGAGCACGCCCAUCUACGCGGCCGACGUGGCGGCCGACCUCAUCCGCCGCUGGGGCUUCUUCGACGCCGACGCCGUCGUCACCGCUCCGGGGCUCGCCGAGGGCACGCCCUGGACCUCGCUCGCCCACGCCGGGCUGCCCCCGUGGCUGCGCGUCGGCCGCCUCGUCACGCCGGGCAACUCGCUGUACUACCACUCGGCCCUCGUCAUCGCCUUUGACGCGGCACCCGGCGAGGCAGAGGCCGUCAUCUACUCGCCGCACGGCAUCUCCGCGCAGGACGUGGCCGCCGUGCUGCCGUCGUGCGGGCUCGCGACGACGCUCGCCAUGCUGCACGGCCUGCACGACGUGCGGCUCUUCCCCGUCAAGCAGCUCAACCUCGGCGCGCUCAACGCCGUCGAGGCGGUGCGCGCGGCGGGCGCGCGCUACUGGAUCGGCACGCACGACGAGGAGAAGACGGGCAAGGGCCUGAUUGCGCCGCUGCUGCGGCGGACGAGGUACACGCUGCGGCAGGCGGUGGCGCAUGACGAGAAGCAGAGGACAAGUGCAGCAGGGGACAAGGCGUAUGAGUUUAAGGAGCUGGCGUCUGGAGAGGCGCUGCUCUUGAAAUAA